AUGACCGUCGCAAACAGUCUAGCAGCAUCCAGCGAGUCUCACGGGAUAGAAAGUACACAGUCAUUGGCACUCCCAGAGACAGAGGACGACAUCCAAAUCCGCCAGCAAUACCGCCCGUUCCUCGCCGACCAGACCGACGACGACUGGGUCAGCAAGCUGGAAUUAACGACAGUUCUGGAUUUAGCGGCCAAAGACAUUGCCCUCACGAAUCGUCGCUUAAAGGUCCUUGUCCUGUACGGCAGUCUGCGCCGACGCUCGUACUCGCGCCUCGUGGCAUUCGAGGCCGCCCGCAUCCUCUUCCGUCUGGGAUGCGAUGUCCGAGUGUUUAAUCCUGAGGGUCUACCGGUGAAGAACGACACCGACCAGGACCAUGACAAAGUGCAGGAGCUCCGGUCCCUGAGUGCGUGGAGCGAGGGGCAUGUCUGGAUUUCGCCCGAGCAGCAUGGUAACCUGACCGCAGCAUUCAAGAACCAAAUCGACUGGAUCCCGCUAAGCACGGGGAGCGUCCGGCCAACGCAGGGCCGCACUCUAGCCAUCGGGCAAGUCUGCGGCGGAUCGCAGUCCUUCAAUGCCGUAAACUCACUGCGGAUUCUGGGGCGGUGGAUGCGCAUGUUCACCAUCCCGAACCAGUCGUCGAUUCCGCAGGCUUAUACGCAUUUCCCGGAUGAGGGACAGCCCGGGGAUCAGCGGCUCAAGGCCAGUGGGAAUCGCGAUCGGUUGGUGGAUUGUAUGGAGGAGUUUGUGAAGUAUACGAUUCUGAUGCGGCCGCAUAUCGAUCUCUUUGGGGAUCGGUAUAGUGAGAGGGAAGAGAAGAGAGUGAAGGCGGCCAAGGCUGCUCGUACGUAG